AUGAUACUUGCUCUCUUCGCCUUCCUGGUGGUCAAAGCCGCUAGUUUGCGAUACGACCCUGCCUUUGCCGAUUACAACCUUAAUCAGAACCAAGAUGCUAUCAGUCCUCUCGACUACUGGGGACAAUGGGAGAACCACACUUUCACCCCAUCUCCGGACAAUUGGCGAUUUCCCUUCUACGCUUUUUUCCUGGAUAGGCUAACGGAUGGAGACCCUCGUAACAACAACCUCAACGGAACCUUAUUCGAACAGGAUGUCAUGUCUACGCAGCUCCGCCACGGCGGCGACAUACUCGGUGUACUGGACUCGCUCGACUAUAUUCAAGGCAUGGGCAUUAAAGGUCUGUACAUUGCUGGGUCGCCCUUCAUCAAUUUGCCCUGGCAAGCGGACUCUUAUUCGCCCGUGGAUUUGACUAUCCUGGAUCCUCACUUCGGGACUAUUGAAAACUGGCGCAGGGUAAUAGACGAGAUCCAUCGGCGAGACAUGUACGUGUUGUUGGAUAACACAAUGGCAACCAUGAGCGACCUCAUCGGCUUCGACGGCUACCUCAACGAAUCCACGCCGUUUACCCUCAAUGAGCACAAGGUCGUUUACAAAACUGACCGCAUCUAUCAUGACUUCUCUUUUGGGAACGAGUACAACAAGACUUGCAGUUAUCCCGGAUUCUGGCUCGAAACCGGAGAACGUGUCGGUCGUGAUGUUACAGACAAUAUGGUUGGUUGUUAUGACAGCGAGUUCGAUCAGUACGGCGACACCGAGGCCUUUGGAGUGUUCCCAGAUUGGCAGCGCCAGCUCUCAAAGUUCGCCUCAGUCCAGGAUAGACUUCGCGAAUGGCAACCUUCAGUACGCGAGAAGAUACAGCACUUUUCAUGCAUCGCUAUCAAUAUGCUCGACAUAGACGGCUUUCGCAUGGAUAAAGCAACUCAGGUCACCGUCGACGCUCAAGGAGAUUUCGCCGACCAUCUACGGCAAUGUGCGCACCGUCUGGGAAAAGAGAACUUCUUCAUCCCGGGUGAGAUCACUGGCGGUAACACAUUUGGUUCUAUCUACUUAGGGCGUGGAAAGCAGCCUGAGCAAUAUGCGAAAACACUCAACGACGCUGUUUCCAUGACCAACAAAUCCGAUGCGAGCAACUUCAUCCGCGGCGUGGGCAAAAAUGCCCUCGAUGCCGCCACAUUCCACUACACUACGUACCGCAGUCUCACCAGGUUCCUCGGUAUGGAUGGAAAUCUCGCUGCUGGGUAUGAUGCACCCCUUAAUUGGGUAGAGUCCUGGGAUACGAUGAUGCUUUCAAACGAUUUAGUCAAUCCAAACACGGGAGUCUUUGAUCCGAGGCACAUGUUCGGCGUCACGAACCAGGACGUUUUCAGAUGGCCCUCCAUUCGAGACGGAACCGCCAGAAUGAUCCUAGGAAUGUUCAUCGCCGUCCUUCACAUGCCUGGAAUACCUCUUCUCACAUGGGGCGAGGAACAGGCAUUCUAUGUUCUCGACAACACUGCUGACAAUUACAUCUUCGGAAGGCAGCCCAUCAGUUCCAGCGCAGCUUGGCAAACGCAUGGAUGCUACAAGCUCGGAAGUGUUCAGUACUACCAGAUGCCUCUGGAUUCGGCUCUCCGUGGAUGCGAAGACGAGCGAGUUAGUUGGGACCAUCGGGAUCCUGCACAUCCCGUGCGCAAUAUUGUCAAGUCUAUGUACUCUAUGAGAAACGCAUACCCGGUUUUGAACGAUGGCUAUCUCCUACAAGCUCUUUCGAAUCAAACAAAAGACGUCUUCCUGCCUGGUAGCAAUGGAGUCGCAACGGAGACAGGGUUAUGGAGCGUGUUACGGGCCACCAUGCCCGAAUUUCAAGACUUGUCAGGUAAGGGAAAGGGGAACCAAUCCAUUUGGUUCGUUUACCAUAACGACAACACAACCGUCAACUACCAAUUCGACUGCACAAGCCAAGAAAAAGCGCUAGUGUCUGCCUUUGAUGCUGGAACCACCGUCAAGAAUCUUUUUUACCCUUACGAUGAAUUGGUUUUGGGCGAAUCAGCAGUAGAGCAAGAUGGAUCACAGAGUUCCAGUGGUUGUGUCAGCCAACUUGAGAUGAAGGCAUACGAGUUCAAGGCAUAUGUGCCCAAAAUCCAGCACGUGGAAGCUCCUCCGAUGAUCACCGAGUUCUUCCCUGGCCACGAUUAUCGGCUGCCGUCCACCAACGGCCCCGGCAAGCAACAGUCCCUCGAAAUUGAGUUUGAUUUCAACCAGGAAAUGGACUGCAAUGAAGUCACUGCUUCUCUUUACAUCAAUUCUACGACUAGGGAUAAAUCCGUGCCAAUACUUGAUAAAAACAGCGUCAACUGUACGAUGGUCCCUGCCAAAAAUACAUCUGACUUCAUUGGCGGUAUUCCUACCCUCUGGACCUGGAGAGGUACGCUCGACAACGUGUCAGACGGUAUUCACCAGGUUACUAUGGACAAACCGCGCACCAAGACGCAAGUCUCCACCGGCUCUGUAGAUCGAUUCUUGCUACGAAUUGGACAAUGGGACAAUCCAGUGAUCUUUCCCCGGGUCGCUAACUAUACGAGAAAUCUUCUGCACGAAUUCCCAGAGAACAAGACUCUCUAUAUCUCGCACAAAGCCGCCGGGGCUGAUUUGUGGCGAUAUUCAUUGGAUUGGGAGUCUACAUGGAGUGACUGGAUGCCAUAUAACGGCGGAAACGACACCCUCAUGAAACUAAACUGGACCGGAACGAAGGCCCAAGAAUGGAGCGACCAGCAUAUCAUCGCGCAGUACUGGAGUAAGCUUCUAGGUAGUAGCGCCGUCAUCCAACACGCAGAUCUCCACCGUGAGAAUGACCCACCGCGUCGCUUUCCCCAUCUCUUCGCGCACGGCAGAUUUAACCAAUUUGGCUUCGAUUCUGGAUUGAAGAACAAGAUGGAGCUUGGGAACGGCGGUCGAUGGCAAUUCCACUUCAUGUCAGAAUGGCCCGAUCAUUUCCAAGUCAACCAAUGGGGCCUAGAUCCAAAUGGCCAGCCCGAUGCGACCGGUGUCUACGGGGAUGUAGACGGAGACGGCGUACUCGAUCGAAUGCCCCCUAAUACCCUCGCUGAUGUUGUGGUUAAUUUCACCACCUCGCCGCCAUCUCCGUAUUUGGCGUAUACAUUUUCCCUCGACGAUGGCAAUUUGAGCUUCGAACGCGUACCUGUGGGGAACAGAUGGUAUCAACUAACUCUCUUUCUUCUUCUUUGGAUUAUCCCAGUCUUGGCGGCUAUCUUUGGUGUCUGGCUGUACAUGCAGUCGUUCUAUGGAGUCAAGUUCAACGAAUUUGGUGCAUCCGAGAAGGCAUCCAUCAUCCCGUCCGCGUUGCGAUGGACACACGAAACGAUGAAAUCUAGCGAGACUGUUAAUGCGCCCCCGCCUAGACGCCUUUUCAAACGUAACGCAUUCAGUCCUAGACUUUCUGAAAUUCUCUCUUCCAGCAGACGCUGCGUCUUGAUUGCCACUAUGGAGUAUGAUAUCGAGGAUUGGGCUAUUAAGAUCAAGAUAGGAGGACUGGGAGUGAUGGCGCAGUUGAUGGGAAAGAACCUUGAGCAUCAAGAUUUAAUCUGGGUGGUUCCUUGUGUGGGCGGCGUCGAUUAUCCCACGGAUCGACCCGCUGAGCCGAUGGCUGUUAGGAUAUUAGGCAACAUCUACGAAGUGCAAGUGCAGUAUCACACGCUGAAGAACAUAACAUACGUCCUUCUGGAUUCUCCCCUUUUCAGGAAGCAAAGCAAGGCAGAGCCCUACCCUGCCAGAAUGGACGACCUCGACAGCGCAAUAUACUACGCAGCGUGGAACUCAUGUAUUGCAAAGACCAUCGAACGCUUCCCCGUCGAUCUCUACCACAUCAACGACUACCAUGGAGCAGCAGCGCCGCUGUAUCUCUUGCCGAAAACCAUUCCAUGCUGUCUAUCUCUCCACAACGCCGAGUUCCAGGGUCUUUGGCCAAUGAGGACCCCCAAGGAAAGCCAGGAAGUGUGUGAAGUAUUCGAUCUAGACUAUAGCAUAGUAUCCGAGUAUAUUCAAUUUGGAUCGGUAUUUAAUCUGCUCCAUGCCGGAGCAAGCUAUCUUCGCAUCCACCAAAAGGGCUUUGGCGCAGUUGGAGUGUCCAAGAAAUACGGCACAAGAGCGUUCGCUCGGUAUCCAAUCUUCUGGGGUCUUUCCAAAAUUGGAGCUCUCGCAAAUCCAGAUCCCAGUGAUCUCUCCGCAUGGGACAAGAAGCUGCCCAAAGACGAAGACAUACACAUCGACACCGAAUUCGAGAACGGCAGAGCAGAAUUAAAACGACAAGCGCAGGAGUGGGCCAGUCUUGAUCAGAACCCAGAUGCCGAACUCUUCGUGUUCGUCGGUCGCUGGUCACUGCAGAAAGGCGUCGAUCUCAUCGCUGAUACGUUCCCUAAAGUCCUCGAGGAAAACCCAAAUGUCCAAUUGAUCUGCAUCGGUCCUGUCAUUGAUCUUUAUGGAAAAUUUGCCGCAUUGAAACUGGGUAAGAUGAUGGAGCUCUAUCCGGGCCGCGUUUAUUCGAAGCCUGAGUUCACAGCCCUCCCACCGUACAUUUUCAGCGGUGCAGAAUUUGCCCUCAUUCCUUCGCGAGACGAGCCAUUUGGAUUGGUAGCCGUCGAAUUCGGUAGGAAAGGUGCUCUCGGAGUAGGAGCAAGAGUCGGCGGUCUGGGAAACAUGCCCGGAUGGUGGUACACCGUCGAAAGCACCAGCGCAUCGCAUCUGCUACAGCAAUUCCGAAUGGCCCUUGAUGCUGCGCUGGCAUCGAAGACUGACGCCCGAGCCAUGAUGCGCGCAAGGUCUGCAAUACAACGCUUUCCUGUCGAGCAAUGGAAGGAAGAUUUGGAGAUUCUGCAGUCGACGUCAAUCAAAAUGCACAAGCGCGAGGCAGCAAAACCCUCAUCUCGCGGAUCUUCCCGGGCAUCUUCUCCCACACGAGGCCAACCUCGCUCCUCUAGUGGCGCCGCUACACCACCCUUACCGCCCUUCACACAUAAUUUGGGAUCUACGGUCUCGCUUGAAGGUCCUGUGUCAUUUUCCCGAAUCCUCGAUACUCUUCGCGAGGGGCAAGCUGGCAGAGAUAGCCUGUUCAGUCACCAUAAGCUUUCUCUUGGGGUCAAAUCUGGCCCGGGGCAUGGAAUCAGCAAGUUGCAAAGGCGACGACCCGAAUCUAAGCUUCCGGCCCAUGCGUCACCAUACAAUUCUGAUUGUGAGACUGACGAUAAGAUGCGCCGAAUCGGUGAUGAGUAUCUCCUCGACGACAAAGAGUUGGAACAAAUUCGCAAAUUGAGAGCCGCACAGGGUACAUCAGUGCCGGCAUCCAAAAAGCGUGGAACUCGAAGCUCUGUUCCGUCUCCGUUGUCAGCAAUGCCCAGUACACCUACUUCACCAGGUCCGGAAGACUUCCUGCGUCCGCCACCGCCAGCUCAUUCUUCCCGCCCUACUUCUGCAUCACCGCUCAGCGUUGACUCUGUCGUCGGCGAAAGACAAGAUUUCAAGCUUCAGAAAGUGGACCCGUUCUUCACGGACUCUACAGGCGAGUACUACAAUGCUUUUUCGUCACGUCUGGAAAAGCUGAACGGCAAGAAUUCGGAAAGCGAGCUGUGUAUCGAAGAGUUCCUCGUGAAAUCCGAAAAGCGCUGGUUUGGAAGAUUCCGAGAAGCCAAGUUACGGGGCUCUGUGUACGUCCAUCCGGUAUCUGCACAUCUCGAGAGCAGCGUUAGCCUACCAGGUAGCUCGGCGCCACCGACGCCUAGCGUCAUGAGUGAGGAGUCUUUCAACGAUGAAUUCUUACUCGGAAGAGACUACAAGCCACCAACUGGUCUGAAAAAGUAUCUCUCGAUCAAAAUCGGAGAUUGGCCCAUCUACGCUUUCUUGCUGGCUUUUGCUCAGAUCAUCGCCGCAAACUCGUAUCAGAUCAACCUACUCACAGGAACAGUCGGUCAAUCUGCCGAAAAGCUCUACAUCGUGGCAACGAUCUACCUGGUGACAUCAAUAAUGUGGUGGUUUGUGUUUCGCACUCUCAAAUCCAUCUACGUCCUCUCUCUACCUUUCGUAUUUUACGGCCUGGCAUUUCUCUUCCUCGGCGUUGCUCCUUUCGCCCAUUCCGUUUCCGGCACUGGCUGGUUGCAAAAUAUCGCUACAGGCUGCUACGCCACCGCCUCCUCCAGCGGAUCUCUUUACUUCGCGCUCAACUUCGGCGAUGAAGGCGGCAGUCCCGUUAAAGACUGGGUCUACCGCGCCUGCGUCAUCCAAGGCACGCAGCAGAUCUACGUCGUCGCGCUCUGGUUCUGGGGCAGCCGCCUCACGCAAUCCACCGCGUCCGGCAUUCUCACGACCAACACCGCCCUCACCUCCACCUGGCGCAUCACCGUCAUCACCGUCCCGAUCGCUAUCCUCCUCUGGGCCAUCGGCCUAGUCCUCUUCCUCGGCCUGCCAGACUUCUACCGCCAGGAGCCCGGGGCUGUCCCCUCGUUCUAUAAAUCCCUCGGCCGCCGCAACAUCAUCCUCUGGUUCUUUGUCGCUGUCGUGGUGCAGAACUACUUCCUCUCCGCGCCGUAUGGCCGCAAUUGGUCGUACCUCUUCGCCUCGCGCCACGCGCCCGCCUGGUCUAUCAUUCUCUUGAUUCUCUUCUUCUUCGUCUUCCUCUGGGCCGCGCUACUCUGGAUCUUCUCCCGCCUCUCCAUUUCGCACACCUGGAUCCUCCCCAUCUUCGCCAUUGGUCUGGGCGCGCCUCGCUGGCUCCAGAUGCUCUGGGGCGUCUCAGGAAUCGGCCUCUAUCUCCCCUGGGCCGGCUCCCCAAUCGCCAGCGCACUCCUCGGCCGUUCUCUAUGGCUCUGGCUCGGGCUCCUCGAUACAGUCCAAGGCGUUGGGCUCGGCAUGAUCCUCCUGCAGACGUUGACGCGCAUCCACUUAGCCUUCACGCUCAUCGCAGCGCAGGUCCUCGGGUCCGUGGCGACUAUCCUAGCCAGAGCAACUGCACCGGAUAAGGUUGGGCCUGGGGAUGUGUUUCCCGAUUUCUCGGCGGGGCUGCUGCAGGGGCUGGACAAGCCGUGGUUCUGGGUGGCGCUUGUGUGCCAGGGGAGUAUUUGUGUGGGGUUCUUUGUGUGGUUCCGGAAGGAGCAGUUGAGUAAGCCGUGAGCUUUGGGUUGGGGUUGGGGUGGUGUACAACAUCUUCAUGUGUUUAUUUUGUUGGGAAUGAGAGCGGGGUUGUACAUCUUCAUGUGGUUUUUUCUUUUGUCGGAAAUGAGAGCGGGGAGUUCUGGUGCUGUAAAUUAGAUGGGUUGGCGUUUUUUCUAAGUUGGGUUCAGGAUAGGGAUAGACAGGUUCUUAGAAAGCUGAGUUAUUGAAUUGUAAUAGAUAUAGAUGAAUGCUC